GACACGCCACACAACGAGCGUGAGCGGAUCGUGCGAGAGUUCAAGGCAACGCCAAUCCCAGGAGAACCGCAGUCUCAGGUGCUGCUGCUUUCCGUGUGGGUAGGGGCCGUGGGCCUGAACUUGCCGGAAGCGCGCUGGGUGGUGCAUGUUGAGCGCGUGUGGAAUCCGGCACUUGAGCGCCAGGCCACCAGCCGCGCGCAUCGAUUGACCUCCCGCAAACCUGUGAAGGCGUAUUGCCUCUUCAUGCAGGACACGUUGGAAGAGCGCAAAGCUUCGGUGCUGUCCUCUAAGUAUCGUCUGUCUACAAACGUGAUGGAAGCUUUGGACUUGGAACAGGACGAUGUGGGGGAAGAAGGCAAGAGCGAGGAGCUCGGCAAGGCGCAUGGAGAGGAGCUGCGCGCGCUGCUCGGCGAAAGUUCUACCAGUGCCGACUCCCCCAUGGAGCAGAGCUGGGAGAGCCCAGAGGACGAGGCAGAUCUGGCCGAGGCCGACCCAGAGGAAUUCAAAGAGCCAUCCAGUGACGAAGAGGACGACGUGCCAGGAAAGCCAAAAGGAGACCGGUGCCCACUCUAUCCGGCGCUUGCCAGGUUGCGGCCCGUACGCUUCCAGAAGAAGAUGUUGGUUGGGAAGUAUGGAAAUCCAGCAGAUGAAGAGUUGUGGGACUGGUACACCGUGCAGGGGCACAGGGAG